ACCUUCUCUCUCUCACAGAAGUCAAUGAACGCUUGCGAACCAGCCGUUUGAAUCUCGACCCUUUAUGAUGGGUUGCCUUUUGGGUUGUUUUAAUGCUUCCAAGCAUCACCGGCGCUCCAGAUCAGCUCAAAUCUCUCCUUCCAAGCCUCAAAGCCAGGCCAAAGCUCUUUUGCCCGCUAGAUCCAUAGAGAAAACAGAAACCGAAGCUCUCAUUGAGAUCAAAACAGAUUCAAGUGUGAGUGAUGAGAAGCAGUUGGAGCAGCCCAACCAUGGCAAGAAGAAAGUUGCAUUUGAUUUGAAUGUCAAGACUUAUGAGGUUUUGCCUGCUGUUGAAGAAGAAGAAGAAGAAGUUGGGGUUGGUGAUGUUUGGAUUGGUGUAAAAGAGGCGAAAGAGAGAGAAAGCGAAUCGGUUCGUCGUUCGACUUUAGUAGAAUCAAAUGGGUCGUCUUGCGCUUUGAGCAAUAGGUACACGAAUUGCGCAAGCAGUGACGAUGAGCUUGGAGGCACUGACCUUGAAGACACCGAUGUAGAAGAGGACGGCGUCAAAGACGACGGAGUUGGCGUUUGUGAUGGAGAGCUUGAGGCAGAAGAAGAAUCAUCCGAGUCUCUGUUUUCUCUGUCGAUAGAUUCUAGGAAACAUUUCUUUGUCGCUGAAGCUGGGGAAAAGGAGGAGGUUAACAGUCCAUUCCCUGCGAAGAGUUCAUGCCGGAAUGAACUCGAGGCGCCUGCUUUCAACCAGAGUGUUCCAUUUGGGAGCGAGCACGCCGAUUCGGUGUUAAAACCAGUUGAAAAUCUUCCUCGGCAGAAAGCUGUCAAAGCAAGAGCAAAUUCUCCAACAAAGAACCAGGACAAGGAGAAUGUCCACAAGGAGCAAGGGGUUCUCUUGUCCACUGGACCAAAGCCCACUUUCACGCCAGCCAAUCACCUUGGUAAACGAGGUUCAAACAAUUCUAGGUUCACUGGCCUAGAAAUUGCAGUUGAUACAAGCCUUUCGAGCUGGUUGGUUGAUUCCGAAGCCACACCCAAGUCCAAAUGUAGCAAUGACUCGGUCGGAAAUUCACCAUCAGAAAGAGCUAGCACGCCCAGGAGUGACAGAGGCCAGCCAGUUGGAGUGCCUACGGUAGAAGACGUCGGGCAGUUCUCUGUUUGUGCAUCUCCGAGGUGGUCGAGAGGCCGGACUCCUGACGAACUGCCUGUUUUAGGUACCGUGGGGAGUUAUUGGAGCCACACUGGGCAAGUCGUGGAGUAGGACUCAUGCUCUUCGUGCAAGGUUUCUUGUUAUGUGAACAAGAGGUACCUGUGGAUUUUGGAUAAUUGGCAGUGUUUGUUAACAAGCUUUCUUGUUAUGCAGAAUACUCCAAUUGCAGCCGGGUUGGAGAGUACUUUAGAGGGGAGGUAGAAUGGCAUGUAGCUAGGAGGCACGCUUUCUGGGAGGCUAUCCUUUAUUAUUUUUGUAUGUAACAUCUGGCAACGUAUUCCCUGAUUUCAAUUCACAUUUAGAUGCAUUGACACGGUUGAAGUUUACCUCAGAUUGCUUUAUUCUUCAUUCCCAUAUGUAUCUGUGUGAACUUCUUUGGUGGCAGUUUCGAUGAACUCAACUUCUGCGAAAUUCAAUGAAUAUUUGUAUUCACACUG